AUGGUCGUGUCAAGCAGAUCUGGCUCAUUGCUAUGGGCUUUGCCGGCAGGUCUGCGCUCUCUGCUGCGGUCUCGAAUCGUGCCUGUCCGCUGCUAUGCAUCAGACGGAAAGCACCAAUCCUUGACCAUUGAWGGCAAAACGUAUCCCGCAGACGAAUGGACCAACGUACCGGCUUCGAUUCUGGCCAAAUAUGGACGAAAGCUGCACGUUCAACCAAACCAUCCCAUCUCCAUCACCAGGAAAUUGAUCGAAUCACGUUUUGAGGGCUUCCAAAACCACAACUCCUUGACGCCUGUGGUCACCGUAGCUCAGAACUUUGACUCUCUGGGCUUCGCUGCAGACCAUCCCGGCCGUAGCAGAACGGAUACUUACUACAUCAACAAAGAUACCGUCUUGCGAACGCAUACCUCUGCGCACGAAGUCGAUGUCUUCCGAGCCAACACUAGCAAUGGCUAUACGAUAUCCGCCGACGUCUACCGACGAGAUGCUGUCGACCGGAGUCACUACCCGGCGUUUCAUCAAAUGGAGGGCGCUAUGACUUGGGAUCGUAAGGACUUUCCCACGCGGGAAGCUCUCACUAAGCACAUCAUCGCCGACUUGGACAACAUCCCAAAGCACGAUCUUGUUGUAGACGAUCCCAAUCCCACUUUCCACGCCGAGAGAAAUCCAUUGCAAGCUGAAUAUCACUCGCCGGAGGAAGCAGAAGCAAUAGCCACGCAUCUCAAGCGUUCCCUCGAAAACAUGGUCAUUGCAAUCUUCACCGAAGCCGACAAAGCUCUGGCUGCUGCUGGUCAGGGGGCUGAGGCUGAGCAAGAACCUCUCAAGGUUCGAUGGGUGGAAGCCUUCUUCCCACAUACCUCCCCAUCAUGGGAGCUUGAAGUGUGGUGGCGUGGUGAUUGGCUUGAGGUACUUGGUUGUGGAGUCAUCGAGCAACCGCUUCUCAACAGAGCCGAUGUUUCAUCCAGGAUCGGAUGGGCUUUUGGUAUAGGUUUGGAGAGAAUCGCCAUGCUUCUGUUUGGCAUUCCGGACAUCAGACUCUUCUGGAGCAAAGAUCAACGAUUUCUCUCUCAAUUCGACGAGAGCAAGCCCAUACGGCGGUAUCAGCCUUUCAGCAAAUACCCAGCCGCCCCUCGGGAUGUAGCUUUCUGGCUCCCUACCAACAGCUCAGUCGUUGUUGACACUCCCGCCUCCGCCUCCUCUACGCCGUCUGCGGCGGGUGGACAGCUGACUGAGCCAUUGCAGUCGGCCAGCCCGACCUUUCAUGAGAACGAUCUCAUGGAAGUUGUUCGCAAUACUGCAGGCGACAGCGUGGAAGACGUCGCUCUUAUCGAUAGCUUCACGCAUCCCAAGACCAAGCGCCAGAGUUUGUGCUACCGCGUGACCUACCGCAGUCUUGAAAAGACCCUUACCAACGAGGAAGCCAAUGCGCUACAUGAGCAGAUUCGCAGCGAGCUUGUCAGCAAAUUUGGCGUGGAGCUGAGGUGA